GUGUUAAAUAUUUUUUUAAUUUAGAAAAAAAAUAAAAAUAAAUAAAUAAAUAAAUAAACUAUGCAGGAGCCAUCAAGAGAUAAUUUGCUUUCACUUAAAGUGAUGCGCCUCACAAAGCCGACAAUAAAACCAUUGUUGCAUGUUACCAAUGAAGAACAGGAUUUACCAGGAACCGUAAUCCACAAUGAUACCGCACAUGAUAUUGCUGCUACGAAAGGAGCGGAGCUAUUGACAACUGGAGAACUUUUAUCCCUACCACAAUCCUUUGGGAGUAUUUAUUUAGGUGAAACGUUUUCGUGCUACGUCAGCAUUUUAAAUGACAGCAAUCAGAAUUGUAGAGAAGUUUCUUUAAAGACUGACAUACAGACAACAUCACAACGCUUCCAGCUUACUGUAAAUAAACCUAAAGAUACUCUGUCUCCAGAUGACAGUCUUGAUGAAGUGUUAAACUAUGAAGUGAAGGAGUUAGGUGCACAUAUAUUAAUAUGUGCAGUAAACUAUUUAUCAACAACUGGUGAAAAAUUAUAUAUGAGAAGAUUUUACAAAUUCCAGGUAUUAAAGCCGUUGGAAGUAAAAACCAAAUUUUAUAACGCAGAUUCGGAUGAAGUGUUUCUUGAAGCGCAAGUACAGAACAUCACAACAUCAGCAAUGUGUAUGGAUCAUGUUAUAUUGGAACCAUCUCAGUUUUAUAGCGUCCUCCCUUUAAACAACUGGCCGCAAAACAAGAUACAAGAAGACUCAAAUGAUAAUAAAAAUAUUUUUGGAUCAACUUAUAUGAGUCCUAUGGAUAUGAGACAAUAUCUGUUCAAGCUAAUUCCAAAGACUGUUUAUAUUCGUGAGCUGAGAUCAAAGCCUAUGUCACCGAUUGGAAAGUUGGAUAUUGUAUGGAGAACAAAUUUUGGUGAGAUGGGUCGACUGCAAACAAGUCAAUUGCAAAGAACAGCGCCUGCACAACAGGAAGUUCGAUUGGUACUUCAAGAAGCGCCUGAUACCUUUCAACUUGAAAAACAAUUUGAAUUAAAAUGCCGACUGGAAAACUCAGGAAGUUCUAAAAUGGAGGUGAAGUUGUUUCUAACCAAUCCUAGAAACGAUUCCUUGUUAUGGUGCGGUGUGUCUGGCAAGGUACUAGGUCCACUUCCAUCAAACGCAUAUCUAGAUUUGCAGUUGCAUGCUAUUGCAAUCAAACCUGGUUUGCUUACGAUUGGUGGUGUUAGAAUUCUGGACUUAAACACGACUAAAGUUUACGAGUUCGAGGAUAUUUGUAAAAUACAUGUAUACCCUUGUGAUCAGUCGCCAUUUCGAUGAGUUUUGGAUACUUAUAAAAAAGCAUCUCUUACAAGGCUUGAUGGAGAUUGAAAUCCUUUUAUGUUGGAUUGUGGUGCAACUAUGUAACUGCCACUCUUCACCGUAGAAGAGCCACGAAAGACAGAUCUCCGCGCAUAUGUUAUUUUGCCAAUCUGUAAAUAAUGAAUAUAUUUUAAUAAAUCAAAUACUACUUUA